GACGAAUUAUCGGACCACGUCUCCGGUUAUUUAGCGGACAGGAAGAUGGAUAAAAUCAUAUUCCACGAAAUUAGAUGAAUCCAGGGAAUUUUUUUCCUCGUUUCUAAUUACAAAGGAGGACCAAGCUACAUCUGAUGAAAACAUGUCUCUUAACUUGGCUGAGGAACAAGAUGAAGGACCCGCAGGCACCACGUGGAACUCGGGUAUACACAAAUCAAUUGAUGGGCUCACAUCUUGUGCAACACUCCAGCAAAGAUCAGGGAUCGGGAAGGAAAUCAAUCUAAUUUUCAGCAAGAGAAAGCAAGACGAAAUUAUUAGAACAGCAAGACUUCUACGCAAAAUGCCAUUUGCGUCGCCUGAGCACGUAGACAUCGGAAAGCGAGCCCAAGCCGAGAAACUAGAAGACAGGCAACUUAUCCUUCCAAAUGGGGUUAGAAUCAAAUUUGAGCACAUUGUAGCCCUGGCGGGGGAUUUCUAUGGUAUACCGAAAGCACCCAUCAUCGAUCCAUUUGACGAAGAAGACGCUGGCCGUCAUAAGCGCUUCAUGGCUGCCUUCAACACAAUGGCGCGUGCACCUGACGAUGAAGUAGAAGAGUUGCGCAUGCUCAUAGCUAUUGCAGAUAAGGACACGGAGACUAGAAAACAAGAUGAGAUCACAGGUGGUAAAUGGAUCGGUGGUGUCCCGGUGAAACCAGGGCGAAUGCUUAAGUUGGCCAUGAACAACCAUGAUCAUUUUCUACCACACGCCAGAAGCGCUUAUCUGACUGGUCAUCAGUUGGCCUUGGGGAAAGCAAGAGAAGCGAGCCAAGCAAACACAGAAGAAGAGAAGACCAAACUUCUUCAUGAAGCAUAUGCCAUGGAGGCGUUUGCUUGUCACUUUCUUACUGACAGCUUUGCAAGUGGACACAUCAGGACACCAAGAGCAGAAUUAGGAAAAGCAACCAAUCUCCAUGUAGAUGGUCAUUACCUGAGUAAGUGUAUGCACGAUGAAGACGGGAAGUUUGGCCUGCGAGUAACUAAUAUCAGAGGAGACAAGUGGAUUGCUUAUGGUGAUGGAAUGCUUUAUAAAAGCGAAGACAAUUUUAAACAUGUUGUCGAGGCUACUCAGAAAUCAGUCGACCAAGUGUAUGAAGCCUACCAAGACCCUAAUAAAGUUAUCGACAUCGCUGAGGUUACCAAUAUCAUCCCAUUUGUUGACAAUGAAGAGAAAAACAACUAUCCUUUGUUCCAAGUGAAGCCGGAUGGAAAACUACACAGGCGGUCCAACAUAAAUGAUCUGCAAGAUGCCAAUACAAUCUCUAAUUGGCGGGGGCUCUCGACAGUGACGAAGCUAUCAGUCCAGUACAAACCAAAAAACUCAGCAAUAUAAACUGAUGAAGACUCAUUUCAGCACACUUUUCAGUGCAGAGGGCACUAAGUGCAUGUGUGUGUUUUUCCUUUUAUUUCGUUUUUAUUGGUUUUUUUUUUAUUAUUAUCCUUAACUAGGUUAAAUAAAUUUUAUAAAAUAUGUGUGAGAAUAACAUUGAAUUCCGUUCAAUUUAACCAGUAAUUUUGGUAAGUGUUUUGGAGACAUGGUGUUUAUGAUAUUUAUACUAAAAGUGGCUGGAGUAUACCGAGGUGGAGAGUGAGCACAGGAGCUCUUUUAGCACCGUCUUCUGCCAUCCGGCCUUAAAAGAUGGCGAGUGUGAUAAUUAAACUAUUCAAUUUGCGUUCCUUUUAAGAAUUUUGAAUCUGCUUGUCUAGUUUUAAGCUGUAAACUAUCAGUCGUUUAAAAUCGUAACCUUUGCAGUAGAACUAAGCUCUACAUUUAUCCUGAGCACAUAUAUUCUACAGUUCCAAAUGUUGCGCAAGAGAAAUUCAUCGACUGAUAAACAUAACUAUGAUAAUAAUGGUCUUUUGCAAACCUCAGUCUUCAUAGGAGCAAUGUCGAAAGCAACGAGUAGGCUAAUAAAUGUUGAACAAAUCGAACGAAGUAACUGUCUUUCUUGUUUCAUUAAUUCACUCGCUGCUUUAGACAUUACUGAUCUUAGCAAUGCUCAGAGUGUUCGUCAGACACAAAACUAAAAAUUUCCUGGCUCCCCGAGAUAGAGGUUCGAGU